AUGUUCUUCAAAUCAUUGCGCUCCAAGUCCUCCUCCAAAAGUACCAAACAAAGCGUCUCCCGCGUCAUCUCUUCUGACUCGCGCUCUCACUCAACACACAAUAGCAAGGGCGAUAUGGCCGGCUCCAAAGGCAUGUCAAGCACCAUCAUGUCGUCAAUCGAUACGGAAAGAACGUCCAGCGAGACAGCAGACUUUGAGAAAUUUCUUGAGAAGGCAAGGAAGGAUGCAGAGCGUGAGGAGAAAAAGAAAUUGAAGGAGCUGAAGGACGCGGAGCGGAGACGGCAGGAGGUUAAUUUGAGUCCCUGGGCGGGCAGGAUGUGA